CUACACACACACAGCCCUGCAGGUUGGCAGGUCAGGGGAAGGAGAGGCAUUGUAAAAGUAUCUCUCGGGGUAACUAGUAGGCUUCAACCUGAGUGGCUGACUUAAUGACUGAGUGAGAAAAGGAGGAGUGGACUCUUUUUUUCCCUCUUUCUGCAGAAUUCCUCCAGUCACUCCUGGCUGUCGAUGGGAAUUGGAAGAGCUUUCCUGUGAUUCAGAAUACAGAGACACAGCAUUCAGGACACUCUUGUGUCUGACGCUCUGGGAAAAUUUACAAGGGAGUUUAUUUCGGAAGUUUGAGCAGAGUUUUUGGACGUUUUGGGUAUAGUGAAUUGCGUGAAGUUAGAGUGUAUUUUUGGAAGUUGGAGAAGAGUUUUGGGACGCUUUGAUAAGAGGGACACUGAGUGAGUGGAAUUGAAGUGUACUUGGGAUAGUGUGAUAGUUGCACUGGCUUGGUCCUGGGUUUUUGGAAGGACCAUGGCAGGGGCAGGCAUUACCAGGAAGGGUUCUGGGAGACCCUCGUACUACUACAGGUUUCUGGGCCGCACUCGUCUCCAACGGCAACGCAGCAGGUCCCGCAGCCGCACCAGACCAGCAGCCAGCAGGGAGUCGCCCCCGGAGCGAACGGGCCGCCGACGGAGCAUGCCUGGUGGUGCGCCGGACAAGAUCACCCACACCAUGGAACCUGCCGCAGCAGCCACGCCCUUCAGAGUCACCGGCUUUCUGAGUCGGAGGCUGAAGGGUUCUAUAAAGCGUACUAAGAGCCAGCCCAAACUGGACCGUAACUCCAGCUUCAGGCACAUCCUGCCUGGCUUCAGGAGUGUGGACAAUGAGAGAUCUCAUCUGAUGCCGAGGCUGAAGGAGUCUCGCAGCCACGAGUCGUUGCUCAGCCCCGGUAGUGCUGUGGAGGCCGUGGACCUCAGCAUGGAGGAUGAGGUGCUCAUCAAACCUGUUCACAGCUCCAUCCUCGGACAGGACUACUGCUUCGAGGUCACCACUUCAACGGGAACGAAAUGUUUCUCCUGUCGAUCGUCAGCCGAAAGGGACAAGUGGAUGGAGAACCUGAGGAGAGCCGUCCACCCCAACAAGGACAACAGCAGGCGGGUGGAGAACAUGCUGAAGCUGUGGAUCAUCGAAGCCAAGGACCUUCCUGCCAAGAAGAAGUACUUCUGCGAGCUGUGUCUGGACGACGCGCUGUACGCCCGCACCACCUGCAAGCUCAAGACCGACAACGUCUUCUGGGGCGAGCACUUUGAGUUCAACAACCUCCCGGCCGUCAAAAGCAUCACGGCCCACCUCUACAAGGACUCGGACAAGAAGAAGAAGAAAGACAAGAACAACUACGUUGGACUGGUCAACAUCCCCGUUGCCGCGGUGACGGGGAGGCAGUUUAUGGAAAAGUGGUACUCUGUGAGCACGCCGACGCCCAAUAAGGGUAAGACGCCGGGGCCCAUGAUCCGGAUCAAGGCCUGCUACCAGAGCAUGAACAUCCUGCCUAUGGAGAUGUAUAAGGAGUUUGCAGAGUACACCACCAAUAACUACAUGUUGCUGUGCUCUGUGCUGGAGCCUGGCAUCAGUGUGAAGAACAAGGAGGAGAUGGCUUCUGCCCUGGUCCACAUUCUACAGAGCACCGGCAAGGCCAAGGACUUCCUGACUGACCUGAUGAUGUCAGAGGUGGACCGGUGUGGGGAGAACGAGCACCUGAUCUUCCGAGAGAACACCCUGGCUACCAAGGCUAUAGAGGAGUACCUCAAACUGGUGGGGCAGAAGUACCUGCAGGACGCACUUGGUGAGUUUAUCAAGGCGCUGUAUGAGUCAGAUGAGAACUGUGAGGUGGACCCGUCCAAGUGUUCGUCCAAUGACCUGCAGGAGCACCAGAGCAACCUGAAGAUGUGCUGCGAGCUGGCCUUCUGCAAGAUCAUCAACUCCUACUGCGUGUUUCCACGGGAACUGAAGGAGGUGUUUGCGUCGUGGCGACAGGAGUGCAGUAGCCGGGGCCGACCGGACAUCAGCGAGCGGCUGAUCAGUGCGUCUCUGUUCCUGCGCUUCCUGUGCCCGGCCGUUAUGUCCCCGUCACUUUUCAACCUGAUGCAGGAGUACCCUGACGACCGCACCGCACGCACACUCACGCUCAUCGCCAAGGUCACCCAGAACCUGGCCAACUUCACCAAGUUUGGCAGUAAGGAGGAGUACAUGUCCUUUAUGAACCAGUUCCUGGAGCACGAGUGGACCAACAUGCAGCGCUUCCUGCUGGAGAUCUCCAACCCGGAGACCAUCUCCAACACAGCAGGGUUCGAAGGGUACAUCGACCUGGGACGGGAGCUGUCCACCCUGCACAACCUGCUGUCAGAGGUCGUCUCUACCAUGGACCAGACCUCCGCCUCCAAACUGGGGCCUCUACCCAGGAUCCUCCGGGAGGUGAACACAGCGCUGACCAAUCCGUCCAGUAUGGCCAUGACCAUGACCGCUCCGUCCCCCUCUGACCGCACAGGGUCUCCGCCCAACACCGGGGCAGGCUGCAGCAUCUCCACCGGCCUGCAGAAGAUGGUCAUCGACAAUGACCUCUCAGGGUUGGUGGACUUCACCAGGUUACCCUCCCCGACCCCGGAGAACAAGGACCUUUUCUUCGUCACCAGGAAUUCUGGGAUCCACCCCUCCCCGGCCCGCAGCUCUAGCUACUCCGAGUCCAAUGAACCCGAGCUGGGCAUGGCCAACGGCAGCAAAAGCCUGUCCAUGGUGGACCUCCAGGACCCCCGCAUCUUAGAGGGCGGCCCCUCAGACGGACUGGGAGAGGGCAUCGUUCCUGGGGGAGUGUGGUCGGCCCGGACCCCCCAGGGUAACAUCAUUGGAGGUCCUACACUGAGGAGGCCAGUCCAGACCCCCACCACCCCUGGGUCGGAGAGUGCCCCAGGCAGGCCGGCUCAGCUUCUGGCCCCCCUGUCCUUCCAGAACCCCGUCUACCAGAUGGCGGCAGGGCUGCCAGUGUCGCCGCGAGGCAUGGCCGACUCAGGCUCCGAGUGCCACAGCUCCCACAGUUCCCAUAGCAACAAUGAGGACGGGCUGGGAGGAGGAGGGAAACACAACACCUUCCUGAACCACGGAGGAGGAGGUGGUGGUGGGGGGGGGAGUAGCGGGGAGGAGUAUGCACGUCGUUCGGGGGAGUUUGUAGGCACGCGGAGGCAGCUGUCACUCACAGAGGCCCAGCCCACCAUGCCCAGACAAAACAACGCCGGCCCCCAGCGCAGGAUAGACCAGCCCCCUCCGCAGACCACCGUCACCAGGGGCCGCACGCCGCCGAACCUGCUCAACAGCGGGCCCUACCCGCGCCCCUCCAGCGGCAGCAUGAUGUCAUCGUCGCCCGACUGGCCCGGCAGUGGAGCGCGGCUACGGCAACAGUCGUCGUCAUCAAAAGGAGACAGCCCCGAGACUAAGCAGAGAGCCCAGCACAAACAGGCCCCCUCCCCAAUGAACCCCAAUGCGCUGGACCGUACGGCUGCCUGGCUGUUGAAUAUGAAUGUGCAGUAUGUAGACCAUGAGGGGAUGGACCCCGAGUUCAGGAACAGAGAGGAUCUCACUCUGGCCGAGAAGUACCAGCAGGAGAUCGUGGUCCUCCAGGAGAAGCUGCGUGUGUCGGUCCAGAAGCUGGAGGAGUACGAGGCUCGUCUGAAGGGCCAGGAUGACGGAGGUCCGAAGGUUCUAAUGGAGUACCAGGCACGUCUGGAGGAGUCUGAGGAACGCCUGAGGCGACAGCAGGACGACAAGGACCUCCAGAUGAAGGGUAUUAUCAGCAGGCUGAUGUCUGUGGAAGAGGAGCUGAAGAAAGACCAUAGUGAUAUGCAGGCUGCGGUCGACUCCAAACAGAAGGUCAUUGAUGCACAGGAGAAGCGUAUCGCGUCUCUUGACGCAGCCAACGCCCGUCUGAUGAGUGCCCUGACCCAGCUGAAGGAGCGCUACAGCAUGCAGACCCGUAACGGCAUCUCCCCGACCAAUCCCACCAAGCUCCAGAUCACUGAGAACGGAGAGUUCAGGAACAGCAGCAACUGCUAGAGAGAGUCUGAUAGAGAAUGUAUGUGUGUGUGUGUGUGUGUGUUGGCUGGUGCUUGUAAAGGACACUUCCUUAUAUGGACACUAAACGGGGGUUAGUCUGAGUGAGGAGACCACUGUGAGGGGCCAAGCAGCGAGGAGGCAGGACUUUAGUUUGACAGACAGCUGACCAAGUCAGUGACAGUGAAUCAUUGGACAGAGCUGAACACCAGUGGGCCCUGCAGAGGAGGAGGCGGGACAAGCUGUAGAUAUGAACUGAACUCUCCAUUAAUCAACCGAUUUGGAUGUUUCCAUUGGAUGUAUGCAGUUGCCGGGACAAUUUCAGACUCUCUUCCCUAAAGCUUUGGACAAAUCACUAUAAUCAACACAAUGUCUGUCAGAUGGAAUCAAUCCUGUCAGAUGGUCACCCAAUCCUCUCUCUUCCCCUCUCCUCUGUUUUCCUCUCCUUUCCUGGCCUCCUCUCUUCCCCUCUCCUCUGUUUUCCUCUCCUUUCCUGGCCUCCUCUCUUCCCCUCUCCUCUGUUACGAUCAGGUCAUGUGGACCAUGUACAAAACAAAACAAUAAUAACAGAAAAAUAAUUUAUAGUAGUGUUAAAUCUCAAAGAAAAGUAUUUUUGUCCAAUGGUUUAUUUAGAUCUUAUCUCAUUCUUUUUUUUUAACAAAUAGGAGUUUUUGAAAUAUUUAUUGUCCAGACUGAUAUUUCUUUUUAAGUCCUUUUGUGUUCCAAAGUGCCCCGCAACCCCGAACAAUAAUAAUACUUUUUGAGGGAAUUUUAGUUUGUCGUCAAAAAGACUGUAAAAUCACUAUGAAUUCAGCAAAAGAUGUGUUUAAUUUAGGAAAUCUGUUCCUAAGUAUUCCCAAGGAAUACAGGAAGACAUACAAUGCCUUCGGAAAGUAUUCAGACCCCUUGACUUUUUCCACGUUACGUUACAGACUUUAAAAUCCUGAGCACACAAUACCCCAUAAUGACAAAGUGAAAACAGUUUUUUUAGAAAUGUUUGCAAAUGUAUUAAAAAAUAAAAACAGAAAUACCUUAUUUACAUAAGCAUUCAGACCCUUUGCUAUGAGACUCGAA